AUGGACGACAAUUUCAAUUCCAGCGACAUUGAGGUUGAUGCAGCACCGCCAGAUCGACUUGCGCUAGCUGGUACGCGUUCUGUUGAUAUCAUCUUCGCCAACACUUCCGCAUUCCGCAUCGAGUCUAAGAAAGCCGUCGAGCAGCUACAAUCAGUCAAUGGAGCGCCCACAAUGCGGAUGCAGCGUGCCCGAUGGGCAAAAUGCAUAGAGCAUUUUCUACAAAGAAGCUCUCAACAAGACACAACACCUGACCUGGGCGACCACCUCCGCAAGACACAUUUUCUCAAAGGCAAAGAGUUGAGCACCAUCAUCACCGCUACAAAGGCGGUCACAGGAACUGACUAA